AAUAGUUGAGGAGUGAAUUGAAAUUAAGCCAUAGCUAGAGAAGAGCACUUUUCGGUGAGACGUAUCAAUGGAGGUUUAAGCCCCUGAGGAGCACUCUCUUCCUCGAACGUUAAACCCUUCAACGGCAAAGUCACCCGCCAUGGCUCCUUCGAUGGCGUUCUCACGCUGUCUCACGAAGCAACAGCUUCCCCUCCUCUUCCGCUCAUCUAAAGUGUCCCCGUCUCAAUCUCUCGCUCCUCCUCUUCACGCUUUGUUCUCCACUCAAAUUGUGGGCGAAAAACCCAUUCUUGUUAGAGAUUUCAUACACUCUGCACUUUAUGAUCCGAGACAUGGGUACUUCUCCCAACAAUCGGGUGCUGUCGGCGUGCUGGAGAGGAGCAUUAAGUUUAAUCAGCUCGAGGGUAGGAAGGCAUACAUGAAGCAUUUGGAUGAUAUAUACAAGCAAAGUGAUAUAUCAUGGUUUACACCAGUGGAACUAUUUAAGCCUUGGUAUGCCCAUGGUAUUGCUGAAGCCAUAAUGCGGACAACUAAUCUAUCUGUUCCGUUAAAAAUAUAUGAAAUUGGUGGUGGAUCAGGAACUUGUGCAAAGGGCAUUUUGGACUACAUAAAGUUGAAUGCUCCUGAAAGAGUUUACAACAGCAUGACUUACACAUCUGUGGAAAUUAGUCCGUCACUAGCCAAAAUACAGCGAGAAACUGUUGGACAAGUCAGUAGCCACUUGUCAAGAUUUAGAGUAGAAUGUCGUGAUGCUGCGAGUGGAUGGGGGGGAGUGGAGCAACAUCCUUGUUGGGUGAUAAUGCUUGAGGUGCUUGAUAAUCUUCCACAUGAUCUGGUCUAUGCGGAGAGUCAAGUUUCUCCUUGGAUGGAAGUUUGGGUUGAGAAGCAACAUAAUAAGGAAACACUGUCUGAGUUAUACAAGCCAUUACAAGAUCCACUGAUCAAGCGUUGCCUUGAGAUUGUUAAUUUAGACAAAGAGCAGACAUCUUCCACAGCUAAGAGGUUGUGGUCGAAGGUCUUUCCGAGACCUCGAAGUUGUUGGCUUCCAACUGGUUGCUUGAAACUAUUAGAGAUUUUACACGGGGCUUUACCAAAGAUGUCUUUGAUCAUUUCAGACUUCAGUUACUUGCCCGAUGUAAAGAUAGCUGGUGAUAGAGCUCCACUGGUUUCAACCAAGAAAGAUGGGACUACCUCAGACUAUGGCAGUUAUCUGGAAGCAAAGGGGGAUGCUGAUAUUUUUUUUCCCACCGACUUCUGGCUUUUGGAACGGAUGGAACAUUUCUGCUCUGGGUGGCUAAAACUCAAUCAAGAAAAGUCGUCCAAACAAGGCAAGAAGAGGCGAACAAUCACACUUGACACGUCUUCGUUCAUGGAAGAAUUCGGGUUACCCUCGAAGACAAGAACGAAGGAUGGAUACAACCCACUUCUUGAUGACUUUAAGAACACAAAGUUCUAUCUCAGUGUCCCUACGCAUAACAUCAAGUAGAGAACCUCGAAAAAUCAGUUUUGGGGGUCUCUGGAGACUUUGUGCUACUCUGAAGUGUCUAGGGGAGGCAAUGGUCAAUCCCAUUGCAUCCAUCGAGGAACAAGGCUUAUUCUUAAUGGAUUCAGGAUCUUUAAAACAGUGAUUCGGGUUGCAUAUUCAUCAAACCCCUUGGAAAGUCCAGAAUCGAUUAUUGUCCUAAACUCUUAUGCAGAAGUUUUUGCCUCUUCUUCAAACAAUAGCAACUGGGGUGAAGAUCGAGAUCAGAGGAAAUGUCUAAGCUACUCAAAAGUCUUUUCCUGUCGGAUGAGGAGAAUUGUUGAAUGUGACCUGCCUUUUCUUUUCUUUUUUUUUGUCUUCAGAGAAAAGUUGAUCUGUGGGCGGUUCGAUUCAAGCUAUUUAUCUGUUUCACAAAGUCAGAGACGCCUUGGGUUUCAAUUAGUCGCCUGAACUUGUGACAGUAAAAUCAAGAUCCUUGAAAAUAAAGGAAGUUGUUUUCUGCUUCUUGGUAAUACCUUUCGAACACGGUGACAGUUGAUAUUAAGGAAAUUAUUUCCUUGUUC